CCUCCAUUCAUUUCGCUCGCACAGUCGCAUCCCAGCAGCGAGCCCUCCCCUCCCGUUUCUCUCCGCCUGGAAAGAUGGCUGCUCCGGCGGUGGUGGCGAGGAGCUCCGGCCCGGCGCUGUGCCCGAGCUUCGCGGAGGUCUGCUCGUUCCUGGAGCGGUUCGGGGCGGCGUUGGACCUGCCCGAGAUGACUUACCCACAGAUGGAGAGGUAUCUGCGGGACACAACGACCGUCCCUAAACCCCUCGUGGAGCUCCAUGUGAAGCUGCUCAGAAAACUGGGGAGGUCUGUGACUACGUGACCGCUGGAAAAAUACCUGGCUAAGGUUUGCCAGGAGUUGAACAGCACCUGGGCAUGGGAGCUGGAACAGAAGGGCUACCAGGAGAUGUCCAUGGAGUGCAAGUCAUGCAUUCUCAAAUAUCUCUGCGAGUGUCAGUUUGACGACAACCUAAAGUUCAAGAUGGCGAUAAAUGAGGAGGAACCAGAGAAGAUGCGUCUGCAGCCUAUAGGUCGGGACCAGCAGGGCCUGAUGUACUGGCUCCAGCUAGACCAGGAGCAGAAUAUCCGGCUGUACACGGAGGAGCAGGACGAUCUGGACGGAUCCACCUGGAAGUGCAUCGUCAGGACUCGGAACGACCUAGCUGAGGCUCUGGAGCUACUGAAGUCCCAGGUUGAACCGAAACAGAAUCAAGACCAGAACCAGGCUGGGUCCAGGAGUGCCAGCCCCACAGAGAAAGAUGCAGGGAAUGAUGCCAUUGGUAGCACCGAACCCGCCAAGACCACAGAGGAACACCCUGACAGUGAGAAGGUUGACCCUGUAAAAGAAGAAGAACUCCUAACACCAGUGAUAAAGCUGGAGGAAACCACGAAGCUGGAGAACCCCGGUGCAGAGGUGAAAGAAGAGAAGACGGACCACAAAGCAUCGCCUGUCUUUGAUAACCGCGUGAGCACGAUCACCACCGUCAUCAAAUCAGAAUCCAGGGACCCGGACGCUCCCAAAAACGCCGUGUCGGUGGUCAUGGCGCCAGGUGCGACUGUGACAAAACCAGACGUGAACAAGGAAGAGGAAGUAGAGCGGGCAGUUGUCAGGAGCAACCAGCAGGCCAAGAUACCACUGAAGAAGAGGGAGCUUAAGCUCGCUGAGAGCUACCACAGCAACCACCUUAACAACAGCAACAGCAGUAGUAUCAUUGUCUGUAACCCGUCAGUGAUCCAGACCAAAGACAGUCAGGGAAAUGAGGGAAAGUUGCCGAGCUCAUUAGCGCCCCCUGGUGGCCCAGCUGCCUCACAACCCCAGCAGCAAGAAGUGGUCAACGGGAGAGCGUCUGUCCCCUUGACGCACAAAGAGGGACAGAAUGGAGUCAUAGGGGUCAUAGGUCAAGUUGGCGUUGUGAGUCAUGUUGGGGUUAUCCGCAGCCCAUCUGAGCGGCACAGAGCCUCCGAUGCUGAGCAGCAGGAACAAAAUGGGCCCAGUUUGGACCCCAGAGGCUCCAGAGCUGUGGAGGAUGAGAGGGAAGUGAGCCGGCAGUCAGUGCUGGUAAGGAAGGGACCGGCUGAAGGGGAGACGCCAGCAGCAGCCACCUCUCUUCCUCCUAAUCCUCCUGCAGCGAUGGAGGCUCAAACAGCCAGAAAACUAUCGUUGUCAUCCUUAAAAUCUGAUCCAGUCUCCGAAGCUGUAGAGAGAAAAGGGGAUUCUGUUACUCUCCCCUCGCUGUCUCAGUCCACAGAAGACCAGGGUAAAAAAGUAACAGAGGAGCAGUUUGACAGGGGGGUGAAACCUGGGCACAGCAGUCAUCAACAGAAAGAUGACAACCUGAAUGAGAGGAAAGAGAGAAGAAGAGAGGCGUCUGGGCACCUUGAGGCAGAAGAAGGAAGCAAAGGUGACCAUGAAAAGAAUAGAAGCACUUUAGGAAAGUCGGAAUCAGGGAGCACCACUCCACUUCUAACAGUAGACCAGCAGGUUAAAGAGGACCACCAAGAAGAUGGGGUCAAUGGGGGUUUGGCUGUCCAGAUGAGGGUGAAGGACACUGGGCUCGGAUCGGUGGAGAGGCAGGGUCCAUUGGAGGAAGCAUCCUCCGAGCUCCAGAAAGAAGGAAUCCGGUUGAAGAUCAAGAUUCCCCCCCACCGGAGAAACAAGUUGAGGGGAAAAGGGGGAAAGGAGGAGGAGAAAGAGAGGGAGCAGGAGGUGCAAGAGGAUGGGAGGGCGCUCAGGAGAUCUGCAAGAAUUUGCAGAUCUGCUUUGCCAACCUGCAGGCCGAGCUCGAAGGUGACUGAGAGCCAGAGAAAGAAACCGCAAAAAAAACAGGCACGGCCCGACAGAACGAGGGAGGAAGAAGAAGAAGAAGAAGAAGAAGAGGAGGAGGAUGAGGAGGGAGAAGAGGAAGAAGAUGAAGAGGAGCGGAGCUCAACUGCAAAGAAAGACGGAAAAACAGAACCUGCCACGCAAAUCAGGAAGCAGAGGGGUAAACGGAGGCAUCGACGCCCCCGAUGGUCCAACAUUCGCGCUAAGAGACGCAAACUGAACGAGGGAGAGGAGGUGGAGGACAGAGGGAGGAAACGAGGAGAGGGGGAGAGUGAGGGAGGGAGCGACUCUGAAGAAUCAUGUAAAUCAGAAGAGAUUCCCAGCGAGGACGCCUGCAGUCACUGUGGCCUGCCCAACCACCCUGAACUGAUCCUGCUGUGUGACUCUUUUGAUAACGAUACCACACGCCCCUGUCUGCGGCCGCCGCUCAGGUUGAUUCCAGAUGGAGAGUGGUUCUGUCCUCCCUGCCAACAUAAGCUGCUGUGUGAGAAACUGGAGGAGCAGCUGCAGAACCUGGACAGUGCUCUGAAGAAAAGAGAGAGAGCAGAGAGGAGGAGGGAGCGGCUAGUGUACGUGGGAAUCAGUGUGGAGAACAUCAUCCCUGAGGGAGACGAGGUGGAAGAGGAGAAGACCGCAAAAAAGAAAGAUCCCAAAAAGAGCAAAAAUCUCGGGAGGAGAUCAACCAGAACCAGGAAACACAUCAGCUACAGGUGGUACCCAGUUUCUGAUGCAUCAUAUUGAUAAAUUUACCACUCUUCUGAUGUAGGAGCAGGGCAAGGCAGAGACAUCACCGCCAUCCUAUCAGAGGACGGGAAGGAGAGCCAGCGGCCAAUCAGAAGCCAGGCUCAUUCUGCAUCCAGGAACAGGAGCAGGAACAGGAAGAAGCGGAGGCUGAAUGACCUGGAGAGUGACAGCACUGCAGCAGAGAGUGAAGACGAGUUCAUGCUCAGCAACAGUUCAGAGGACGAGGAAUUUGCCGCGUCAGGGGCUGAUGAUGACGAGGAAGAUGAAGACGCGGGCAGCGACGUGGGCAGCUUGGAGAGUGGGACCCGCCCCAGACGGGCAGUGAAGGGGGCACCUAAGCACCGACCCAGCAAGACCCAACGCAGGGGCAGGAAACGGCUGAGACGGCGGCGGAGACGCUCCUCCGAGGAAGAGGAGGAGGACACCGACGAAGAACUGGGCUCGGAUCAGUUCAGCAACACGACCGACAGCGAGACGGACAAAAAGAGGCGGGGUCUGAGGCGGGGCCAGCGGCAGCAGGUCAACUACCGCGAGACGUCGGAGUCGUCCGACAACUCCCGGACGUCCGCCAAGAAGGUGAAAGCUAAACCCCACGGCAGACCACGCAAGGAGCGUCUCUCCAGCGACUACAGCGAUGUGUCGCCUUCUUCCAGAGACUCGGAGGAGGAGGAGGACUACGAAGACGAAGAGGACGACCAGAGACGACGAAGAGUGAAUAAGAGGAGGAGACAGGAGGAGGAAGACCUCCGGAGACGCAGGACGAGGGAGAAGCGGAGGAGAUUCAGACGCGACGAGGACGAGGAGGACGACCGAGAGAGGGGGAGGCGGCUGAAAAGGAAACUGUUGGAGAAGGAGAAGGACAGAGACAAGCGGAGGAGGCUCAAGAGGACGGAGAAGGAAGAGGAGGAGGACCUGGAGAAGAUGGGCAGGGGGAAGAGGAGAGAGAUCCUGUCACAGCAGCGCCGCAAACGGCUCGCUCAGAUGCUGAAAAAAAGACGUCCUUCAACUGACGAGGAGGACGAGUCGGAGUCGGACGAAUCGGACUCGUCGUCGGAAGAGGAUCGUCCGGUCCGCAAAAGACUCAACCGCAUUGACUCUGAUGAUGAUGAAGAGGAAGACGAGGAGUUGGAGGAAGAAGAGGAGGAAAGGCAGAAGGCGACGACGACGACGAAGGUGGAGAAGAUGGCCGACAGUGACACUCAGGAAAAGGGGAGAGGCCGUAGCCUGUCUCCGUCACACGGACAUCGGACCUCCAGAGGCCCGGCGAAGCCUGGACCUGGAGGUCCCGCUGAGCCCACGGACAGUGCUGGAUCAGGCAGGCAGGGCAGGCACAAUGGCCCCUUACACCCAGAGGAAGAGGAGGAGGAGGAAGAGGAGGAGGAGGGGGAGGGGCAGACAGACUUGUUGAACUCUGUCCAGAACAGUCCGCAGUCAUGAUGGCUGUGUUUGUGUGAAUAACGCUCGAUUCUUUGUUUUUGUUUUUGUUUUAACUGUCAGGACUUUUCACCCACAAACCACCUUUUAAAACUGGAUAUCCCUCCACCUCCUCCUUCACCUCCACCUCCACCUCCACCUCCGCCUCUUACUCCUCCUCCUCCCCUGUCCUGCCUCGUCCUCUUCCUCGCUGUUGUAUUGUGUUCGAGGGUUCUCCACUGUCACACACUGUACUUAACAACACAAACUGACAGCCAGCCGGUCCGAGAGCCCCCUCGCUGAGGAGGUCAUCGCGAAUCCCUGGAUCUCUCUCUCUCGCUCUGUCUGUUCUCUCUCUGUCUGUUCUCUCUCCCCUGACUCUCUCUCCUGUUACUGUCUGUAUCAUCUUCUCUCUGUCAUCUCUCUUCUCUGGUCUCUAUACUCUUGUCUGUCUCUAUCGGUAUUCUCUCGCUCCCUCUGUCUCAUCUCUGGUCUGUCUGU